GAGAGAGAGAGAGAGAGAGAGAGAGAGAGAGAGGGGCAGAGUGAGGGAGUGCAAGAGAAGAGUUAGCCGAGCUCCCACAAAUCACUUUGUCACCAGCAAGCUCUGACAAGCACCAGGAGAGAGAGGGAGCGCACAGGGAGUUAAAUAGAGGUGCAAAUAGUGGAUUCGUGUCAGAGGAGACUCAAUGGGGAAGGUGUGAAAGGAGCUGCAGAGGGCAUAAAAGGAGGCGACACCGAUGGAUGGAUAGAGUGAAGGGAGGACAGAGACAACCCGACUCUCAGAACCGUGUGAGGGACUCGAUCGCUGCUGCUGUGUCCGUGGAUGGUCCGCUCAGUUAAAGAGAGAAGGUGUGUCAAACUUUGGUUACAGGAGGACAGUGUUCGGUCGCUGCAUCCCCGCUUGAGCUGCUCUCAUCUCAGGCUCAAUCCGCUGACAUCACACUAUUGUAGAGAGCCUACUUGACAUCACAUCCAUGUGCCGGGCAGCCCUGAGUGAUCGUUGAAGAAACCUUGUGUGUCAAGGAGGACAGGAAGCACAGUCAGCUGAAACGCCUCAGACUCCGAUAUUAAGUACGUUGAACUCUGCCAGAACCAGUCUUUUCUGUUUUGCUGAGUGUUACACAGCUUCCUUCACAUUCGCUCAGCUGCUCUCUGAGGACAAGGAAAGUGAAAAGGAAACUGGGCCGACACGUGGAGGUUUUAAAUACUCUCAAAGUAAGACAGGAAUCAGAGGGUUGGUGGAUCGUAUCGGACUUGUUGAAGGUCUUCUGAGUCACGGGUGUUCCUGUCUUUGUGCACAUUUGGCUUGGCUGGGGCUCUGUUAGCAGUUGACAGUGCUGCUCCUGGCUUGAUUUCAGCAUCUGGUACGUCAUCGCCUUACCUGUGUGGCUGAGUCAGAGGGCUGGCUCAUCACUAGACGUCUGCUCGCCCACUGGGAGAUUCUCUCCAUCUCUCCAUCCAUCAACUCAAAGAAGACACAAGUGUUCUUUUUUACAGCAGCAGCGACAGCGGUGGCACCAGUAGUGCUGAACUUUGUGGGCUUUCCACACUGCUUUAUUUGUUCUGCUGGUGGGUAAACAUCUCGCGUCACUCACACCUCCCCACGGGUGAAUCACCGCUCCCUAAGCAUCCCCUCCCCAGUUGGAGGCAGGCGGCGAGAAAAAAGGUGAGGGAGGAUUCGCUGAGAACCAAAGCACGCAACAGUCCCAAACGGUCAGGUCGGCACCAUGAAGCUGGUGUUCUUGGCGCUCGUGGCCGUGUACGCGGUGGGCAACGUGAGCAGCAUGUCUACGUGUAAGACGCUGGACCUGGAGAUGGUGAAGAAGAAGCGCAUCGAGGCCAUCAGGAGCCAGAUCCUCAGCAAACUGCGCUUGCCGAAAGAGCCGGAGCCGGAUCAGGCGGGAGACGAGGAGGAGAUCCCGAACACCCUGCUGUCCCUGUACAACAGCACCAAGGAGAUGCUGAGGGAGCAGCAGACCCAGGUCCAGACGGACAUCUCCACGGAGCAGGAGGAGGAGGAGUACUUCGCCAAGGUGCUGCACAAGUUCAACAUCACCGAAAGAAACAACACAGGGACCACCAAGACCUCCAAAAGCAUCCCGAUGUAUUUCAACAUCUCGGGGAUACGGGAAAGUGUGGGCGAUUAUCGCCUGCUGACCAGCGCCGAGCUUCGGAUUCUCAUCAAGCAAACCACGAUAGCUUUUGAGCAGCGGGUGGAGCUGUACCAGGGUCUUGUGACGUCACCCCGCUACCUCGGUUCCCGCUUCAUCACCAACCACUUGAGAGACAAAUGGCUGUCCUUCGAUGUCACUGAGACCCUGCAGAGCUGGCUCAAAGGGACCGAGGAUGAGCAGGGUUUCCAACUUCGGCUGUUCUGUGAAUGCGGCCAGACAGGUGUCGACAGUAGCUUCAGCUUUACCAUCUCUGGGAUCGAGACUAAUAGGGGAGACUUAAAAGUGAUACAAACGCAGGCAAAGCAACCACCCUACAUCCUGACCAUGUCCAUCCCUCAGAACAGCAGCAGCCACCUCACCUCCCGCAAAAAACGCUCAACGGAGCCAAAGGACACCUGCACAGCCCAGACGGAGACCUGCUGCGUGCGGAGCUUGUACAUCGACUUCAGAAAAGAUCUGGGCUGGAAGUGGAUACAUAAGCCGACAGGCUACAACGCUAACUACUGCAUGGGGUCCUGCACCUACAUCUGGAAUGCUGAAAACAAAUAUUCUCAGAUUUUGGCCCUGUACAAGCAUCACAACCCAGGAGCCUCUGCCCAGCCCUGCUGCGUUCCCCAGACACUGGAGCCACUGCCAAUCCUCUACUAUGUGGGAAGGCAACACAAGGUGGAGCAGCUGUCCAAUAUGAUCGUGAAGUCCUGCAAGUGCAGCUAAAAAUACGGCACGGCACACCGCUCCGCCUGCCCCUCGAACACACUCAGAGAUGUGUUCGAGAGCGCGGGGUGGAGCACGUGACCGAGGUAAAGGGGAGGAGAAUAAUGUGGAACAAAAUAUUUAAAGUCAUCGACAUUCCUCCUGCAAAAACUCUACCUUUACCCCACACAUCAGACCGUGGACUUCUUCAUAUAGACAUUAAAGAUCUCAUUUUCUAUGUGUAUAUACUUUUCCCUUGCAGUAGUAAAAAUAUCUGUCUUGAAAUGAAUUAAUUUAUUUGUUGGAGGGACAGAUCUGUAAAGAAGUCAAUAAAAGUGUGUCAGUUUGACAUGAAAAAGGAUAAAAAAAAUAUGAUUCAUAAACACUCCCCCCCUCCCAAAAAAAGG